GAAGGGUAUAAAUUUAACUUUCCGAUUUUACAGACAGGAAUAAGAAUCUUAAAAACAACAACAAUCGAUCUCAAAAAAAAAGUGAAAAAAAAAAGAAAAAAAGAAAAAAAGAGUUAAAACUUUAGGCGUUGUGUUGUGUAGCGGUGCAUUCAAGAAUUUCAUGACCCAAAUCGGCCAAUCAAACCUACCCACCACGUUCCUCCUCUCCCAGCCGUCUGAUCUCCUCAUCAUCAACGGCUCCCCUCUCUCCACGUGGUACCCACUUAUCUGGAUACGAGUGGCCAGAAACGUCGCCACGUGUCGGCUCAGUGAAAAAUAUCAUACCCCUCCACCCCUCUCUCUCUCUCUCUCCUGCCCCUCUCUCUCUCUCUCUAUCUCUCUCUCACUCUUCCCGAGCUCCGCCAAUCACCGCUCCGCCGCCGCACGCACAGCCCCCCAAAAGGUAUAAUACUCCCAAAGAUUAAAACAAAAAUUCAAAUCCAAUAUGAUUGGAUAAAUCUUUCCGCCAAAAACCCCAACACCUAUUUUCUCCCAAAAAUAUCCCGAAAUUUCCAGCCCUAAAUCCGGCCGUCGCGACUGCCCUAAUUUCUGCUGCGACGCAGAAUCCCCAAAUUUUUUCACAGUAAAGAAGAAGUAAAGGAGCAGAAUUUCUCGAUUGUGAGGGGAAAAGAUGGCGGAUUCCGACAACGAUUCCGGCGGGCACAGCAACAGCAACGCGAGCAGCAGGGAGCAGGACAGGUUCCUGCCGAUCGCGAACGUGAGCAGGAUCAUGAAGAAGGCCUUGCCGGCGAACGCGAAGAUAUCGAAGGACGCGAAGGAGACGGUGCAGGAGUGCGUGUCGGAGUUCAUCAGCUUCGUGACCGGCGAGGCCUCCGACAAGUGCCAGAGGGAGAAGCGGAAGACGAUCAACGGCGACGAUUUGCUGUGGGCGAUGACGACGCUCGGCUUCGAGGAAUACGUGGAGCCCCUGAAGGUUUACUUGGCCAAGUAUAGGGAGAUGGAGGGGGAGAAGAGCUCAAUCGCUGGGGUUAAGGAGGGCGGCGGCGGCGGAGGAGGGGGAGGGGCGGUUAGCUCCGGCGCUGGGUUUAAUGGUGGGGGGAUUUAUGGGGGGAAUGUGAUGGGGUUCCAUCCGGGAGGGCAGAUGUACGGCGGCGGCGGCGCUGGCGGUGGAGGGUUUCAGCAUAUGGGGAAAGGGGGUUUGGGGAAUAUGGGGGGUGGGGGCGGAUACGGCGGCGGUGGCGCGUCGACGGGGAGGCCGAGGUAGGGAGAUGAUCAAGAAUGAAUUUGGUGACUGUUUUUUAACUCUUUUUUUAAACAAAAAAUCUAUGGGGUUUUGUGUUUGUUGUUUGGAGUUUAGCUUAACUGUUGGUUAGUAUAAUUUGGAUUUAGGGAUUUUGAUUUUGAUGAUGAUGAUGAUGAUGAUAUGCAUAGAGUGAUAGAAGAUGGUGUAAACUUUGAAACAGUUAAUGUGACCUUGUAUUUUGUAAAAUUUAUUUAUAAAGCAGAUUCAUGUUUUGAUCAAA